AUGUCAUCCUUCACAACAGAGGCCUUUGCCCUGCUGGGCAUCGGCCUCGGCUUCAUCAUGCUGCGGACCUAUGCCCGUCUCUCGAAAACGGGCAUGUCCGGCUUCAAGGCCGACGACUACCUCAUGCUGGUCGCCGCCGUCGUCUACGCCGCCGAGACCGCGCUCGCCUACACCGUUGGCGCGUACUGGCAUGGCAUGGCCAACAGCGGCAUGACGGACGCCGAGCGAGCCGCCCUCAGCCCGGACAGCGAGGAAUACCGCAUGCGCAUCAACGGCAGCAAGACGCAGGUGGCGGGCUGGUCGACGUACACGCUGCUGCUGUGGCUGCUCAAGGCGUCCAUGUGCACCUUCUACCUGCGACUGACCGAGGGUCUCAACUACCACCGCCGCAUCUACGCAGGCUUCGUUUUGAUUUUCACGACGUGGGUCGCCGUGCUGCUGUCCAUUCUGCUGGGCUGCCGGCCGCUGUCCAAGAACUGGCAGAUUUACCCCGACCCAGGCAACCAUUGCCAACCGGCCAUCUCGCGUAUCGACAUCUUUGUCACUGUCGUGCUCAACGUCGCCACCGACAUCUAUCUCAUGUCCAUCCCACUGCCCAUGCUGUGGAAGGCCAACCUGCGACCCGCUAAAAAGAUUGGCCUCAUGGUCCUGUUCUCCGGCGGCAUCUUUGUGACCACGGCCGCCAUCCUGCGCUGCAUCUUGAUCAUCACCAACCCCGUCACCGGCGCCCAGCAGGCCGGCUCGUGGGCCUGCCGCGAGACGUUUGUCGCCGUCGUUACCUCCAACGCGCCAAUGAUCUUCCCGCUCCUGCGCCAUUGGGGCGGCCCCUUGUUCAGCACCAUGCGCAGCUUCUCGUCGCGUUCCAAGCGCACCGGCAACAGCACGGACGGCGCCGGCAAAACGGGCGGCAUCGGCCGGUCGGUCAAUGGCAUGUUUAUCCUGGAGGACAAGAGCAACUCGCGCGGCGGCUUUAGCGUGCGCUCCGUCAACCCGAUUCCCAACAUGACCUUUUCGGAAAGUGAGGAGUACAUUUACAACGAGCAGCAACAGCAGCAGCAGCAAGACGAACACAACCGGCAGCGACGCAGCCGCAGCGGCAACCAGCAACAGAGCGGUGGUCGCAGCAACGUGGACUAUGACAUUGAGCAGCAGUACCCGGCUGUCUCGUCGUCGGCCGGCGUCGGUGGAAGCAUCGGCACGGGCUCUGCGGCUGUGGCCACGGUUGUCCCGUCUGGCAUCACCAAGCAAGUCGUUUUGCAAAUCACCGAAGAGGAAGGCCAGCGCCGGCGCAGCACAUUUGGCGUCUCGGGUGGUGUUGCGCCGGGCGUGACUCACCACAUGAACAAGAACGACAACAACAACAACAACAACAACAACAAUGCCUCCGACACCGACUCCGCCAUCGACUCGCGCAACAGCUUGGACAUGCUCGAGAAAAUUGCCCCCGGCGCGCGCCAGGGCAACUACUUUCUGACCAGCAACAACCCAGGCAGCGUCCAGCAACGCCAAAAGCACCAAAAGCAGCGGUCGUCCAACAUCAACAACCGGGCAGGCGACACCAACUCGCUGUCGACGGCCGCCACGUCUGCCGCUUCCCCACUGGCCGCCAACUCCUGGGACGGCAAGCCGCCCCACAGCCAGAGCGGCGACGUGAGCGUCGAAGACAGCAAUCGCGGGGGCCUGACGCCGAGUAGUCGGAGGCGGUAG